AUGAAUGGCGAUGCAACUCCGGAACGGAAAAGUGCUUCCAUCGGGCAUCUCCAUUCCCCUGAAGCGCCCUAUGAAGAACGGGCUUUCGAAAUCUCAAUCCCAGACCGUAAAAGCGCUUCCGUCAAAAGUUUCUUCAAAAACCGCGAAGCCCUCAUCGCAAAAGAAAAAUCACAACGCAGUGACCAUGAAUUCCGCCAAAACCUCUCCCCCAUCGCCCAAAAGGCCUGCCUUCUGGCCGGAGAACUUCGUGCCCGUGAGCUCGAAGCUUUCUGGUCGACGGCCCAGAACUCAGAGCUUGAGAAGCAAGAGCUCUUCCCGGGCAUGAUUUUCAACCUCGCUAAAUCCCACAUGGAGAAGACCUCAUUGUGGAAAAUCUGCCAAAAGAUGCCAAAAGGCGCGCUGCUUCAUUGUCAUCUUGGGGCCAUGGUGGAUUUGGAGUGGGUUAUUGAGACUGCUAUUGAGACGGAGGGGGUUUGUAUUUGUUUACUGGGAGGGGGGUUGGUGAGUAAGGAUGAUGUGAGAGCAAAGGCCGAUGUGCGAAUCCUGUUCCAGAAGAACGGGAAUGCGGAUGGGAGUUCGAUUUGGAAGAAAGGCUACGUGAGUGAGACUUGGGUAAGCUUGAAGAGUGCAAGUGAGCGUUUUCCGAACGGGGGCAGGGAGGGGUUUGUCCAGUGGUUGAAGAGCAGGUGUACGAUCACGCAGGAGGAUAACGUGGCUCACCAUCUGGGCGUGGACGACAUCUGGAGGAAACUGCAGGGCGCGUUCCAAACCAUUGCGCCGAUUGAGUUUUACGAGCCCAUUACGAGGGGAUUCAUUAGGAGGUUUUUACAGACAGUGAAAGAGGAUGGGGUGAAGUGGGUUGAGAUGCGGGGUAUGAAUCGCAAUUUUCGGCUGGAGGGGGAGCAUGAACACACGGAGAGGAGACUGGAUUUGGUGAGGGUCAUAGAUGAGGAGAUUAACACUUUCGUAAAAAGUGAAGAGGGCAAGGGCUUUUGGGGAGUUAGGUUGAUUUGGGAUACAUUGCGGAGCUUCAACACCAAGACUAUCAUCGAAGAUAUGAAAUUUUGCAUCCAAGCAAAGAAGAGCUACCCUCACCUCAUCUCAGGCUACGAUCUCGUCGGGCCUGAAGAUGAUGGCCGGACUCUGCGCGACCUGACGCCCGAGCUCAUGUGGUUUCAAGACGAAUGUGCCAAAGAAGGAGUCAAUAUCCCAUUCUUCUUCCACGCUGGAGAAUGUGUCGGAGACGGCAACAGCACGGAUCAAAAUCUUUUCGACGCGAUCCUGUUCGGCUCAAGAAGAAUCGGGCACGGCUUCUCGCUGUACAAACACCCGCUCCUAAUUGACAUGGUGAAAGAGAAAAAGAUCCUCAUCGAGAGCUGUCCCAUCUCGAAUGAGGUAUUGAGAUACACAGCCUCGAUCAUGUCCCAUCCGUUGCCGGCAUUGUUGGCAAGAGGCGUCCCGGCAAGUUUGUCGAAUGAUGACCCUGCUUUGAUGGGACAUGAUACUUCCGGCAUGACGCAUGAUUUUUGGCAGGCGAUUCAAGGUUGGGAAAACCUGGGGCUGGCAGGACUGGGUUCACUUGCUCAGAACAGUGUGAAAUGGUCCAAUUUCGAGAAUCAAGAUACACAAACAUGGCUAGAUGACAUCUCUGCUGGUGUCAACGGAACCGGUAUUCGCGCGAAGAGAAUCAGGGAAUGGAAUAAAGAGUGGGAACAGUUUUGUCUGUGGAUUGUGGACGAGUUCGGAAGUUUGUAG